AUGGCUAGUGAUGCUUUAUUCACAGCCACAGCUAGCGAUUCACAGUCAGAACAGGUGAUGGAGCUCCUCCGGAGUAUAUUGGUUGAUGGAGAAAAAACUGAUUUGGAUGAAGGCCAGAAAUCGUUUGUUCCUUUGCCAGCAUACUUCUCUGCUGCUCGCGAAUGCUGCACUGAUGAUGUGGAAAAUCCAAUCAAAAUAAUUCCAAAAGGGAGACCAACUACCGAAGAAUCGAACAAGAGGAUUAAAUCCAGGCGCGAGCGGAUGAGAGGGAAAAAUAAAGCAACGAAAGUUAAUAUGUUCUCCGGCAGAGUGUUCACUUUCCUUCAUUUAAGCAGGAAAAAAUCGGGGAAAUCAAAGGUCACAAGGAGGAAGAAGCAAAAAGAGAAAGACUCAGAGACAGAAGAAGACACGGAGUCAGAUAUAGAAGAAGAGGAAGCUUCUAAAAAAGCAACAAAGAAAAAAUCGGGGAAAUCAAAGGUCACAAGGAGGAAGAAGCGAAAAGAGAAAGACUCAGAGAUAGAAGAAGACACAGAGUCAGAUACAGAAGAAGAGGAAGCUUCAAAAAAAGCAACGAAGAAAAAAGCGGGGAAAUCAAAGGUCACAAGGAGGAAGAAGCAAAAAGAAGAGACAGAGUCAGAUACAAAAGAAGAGACAGAGGCAGAUACAGAAGAAGAGACAGACGCAGAUACAGAAAAAGAGGAAGAUUCAGGAAACGCAAGGGCGCUCCAAAUGUCAAAGCUGGGAGGAAGAAAAAUAACGAUGACAAGGGUGCGCGAGGAAAACCAGAAAGACUCUAGUAAGGGCGGUAAAGAACAGGCCAAAGGGGUGAUGAAGACGAAAAGGCAUGCUAGGAAUGUACCAAAGGCUGAGUGA